AUGAAAAGCGGAUUAUUUUCUUUGAAUGAUAUAUUUUUUUUAGUGAAUAGUAUAUUCAAAUAUUUUCUUAUCUUAUUGAACGGAUCUCAUUUACUAAAAUUGUUAUAUUCCUCAAAGGAAAACAUUCACAUUAUCGAAGGAUUAUUAUGCAUAAUAACAGGUGUUACAUUAAAGCUUUCACUUAUAUAUAUAUACUGUACCUAUUUUAUGAAUAUAUAUAUAAUAAAAGAUUAUAGAAGAAAGAAUGUAUUAAAUAUAUUUAAUGUUAAUGAUAAUUAUAAGAGAAAUGGGAAUGUGGUUGAAUCAGAUGAUUUUGAGUAUAGAAAAUUAAUAAAGAAGUUUUUUUUUAAGAAAGUAUAUUAUUCAAUUAAGAAGAAACAUAAAAGAAUAGAAUUAUAUAUGUUGAAGAUAUAUAAUAGUAAUUUUAAUUAUUAUUUUUGUAAUAUACGAGAUAUGUGUUAUACAAUAAUAUGGUAUAUAAGUUUAUAUUAUUGGAGAAGAGAUACAUAUAAUAUGAUAUGGGGAUUUAAUAAAAUACCUACUUAUAUAUAUAAUAUGUUAUUAAUACUUUUAUCUACAUCUUAUAUAGAUUUAGUAAUGGUUAUAAUUAGUUAUAAUAAAUCGAAAUAUUAUUUAAUGAAAUCAAAGUUAUUAAUAGAUAUCUUUUUUAGUGCACCAUGUACUUAUUUAUUUUCAAAAUUUAUUUUUGUUUUUGAACAUCAAAUUGAUAUAUAUUUUAUGAUGGGCUUUUUAAGGAAUAUAAAAAUUUUUUUGAAUGUGUCUUAUGUUAGAAUAGAACAUAAUUCCAUUCUAACAAAUACUGAAAUAAAAAUUAUCAGAAUUGUUUUAGGUGUUUUAUUAUUAUGUAAUGCUUUUGCAUCUACUAUAUAUACCAUACAAGCAAUUCAUCCAUAUAAUUUAGAUAAUGGAAAUUUUAAUUAUUUCCUGAAUAGUUAUUUAGAUUAUUUUUAUUUUUCAAUUAUAUCCAUAUCAACAGUUGGUUAUGGUGAUAUUUUUCCAAUUAAUAAAUUAAGUAAAGUUGUAUGUAUAGUUUUUAUAUUUUGGACAUUUAUUUGGGUACCUAUACAAUUCAAUGAUUUGAUAAUUUCAAUAUUUUCUAAGAAAAAAACAUAUGGAAAAAUAAGUAUGAAUAAUCAAAAAUUUGUUCUUCUCAUAGGAGAUGUAGAACCACAACAAUUAAAUGUUUUCUUAUUCGAAUCAGUAGCACAAGGAAAUAAAUUAAAAUUUCAUUUGUUAACUACAUAUCCAAUUAAUAUAUAUGAUGAACAAAUAAAAAUUGCAGAUCAUUUUUGUAUUUCGUUAUAUAUAAAAAAUUUUGAUUUAAAUGAAAAGGAAAAUAUUAAUUUAUUAUAUAGUAUUAAUGCACAAAAUGCAUAUUAUUUAUUUCUCUUUUCUAAUAAGUUCCAUAACGGACAUUAUAAUAUAGAUACUAAAUCAUUUACCAGAUUAUUAAUAUUGAAAAAAUUUUUACAUGGAAAAAAAAAUGCUGUUAUAGAAUUAAGAAGUAAUUGUGUAUCAAAUAUUGUAAGAUCUAUUGGAUGUGAAAAUUUUAUUAUAGUCAAUUUGAAACAUUCUUUAAUUGUUAAAAAUAUAAAAUAUCCAGGCUUUAUUACACUUAUUUUAAAUUUAUUUACAGCAUAUAAUUAUGAUAUAUCUUCAUAUAAUUUUAAUGAUAUUGCUUCAUAUCCAUCACUCAAAUAUAUUGGUGAAUUUAAUAGAGGUUCAAGGACCAAAAUAUUUUCAUUUAUUGUGCAUAAAAAUAUGGUUGGAUUAAUAUUUGAUAAAUUAUUUUAUAAGUUAUAUGAAUCUCUUGGUAUUAUACUUGUAGGUAUAGAAACCAAUACUACAAAUUAUGACAUAAAUAAUAAGAAGCGAAAAAAUAAAAAUAGUUAUGAGGAUGAUAACUUCACUAGAAUGAGAAAAAACAAAAUGAAAGACAACAAAAAGAAAAGUUUUAAAUUUAUUUAUUUACAUUUGUUAAAAAAAUAUGGACAUACAAAUCAUUAUACACAAAAGAAAAAGAAAUAUGAGAAUAAUAUAAAUCAGCAUGGAAAAAAAUCAAAAGUGGAAUACCCUACACAAUUGAAGGAUAAUAAUACGACGAUAAAAAUAUAUGAUGAAAAUAAUACUAUAGAAACAUAUGAAAAUUAUCUGAAUUAUGAAAGUGCUGAUAAUAGGUUGAUUAAUAUAUACAAUAGAGAUGAGAAAAAAGAAAAAUAUAAUGAUGCUUCUUGUAGUAAUAAUAUCUUAAGAAAUGAUGAUAAGGCAAAGUUACAUAUUGAAAACAGGGAUAAUUUUUAUAAUAAUAAUAAUAAUAUAGUUAAGGGUAAGAAAAAAGUGGUUGAAAAUAAAAAGGAUGAAAUGAUAAAUGUAUGUAUAAAUAUAAAUAGUGAUAUAAAAAAAAAAUAUAAUAAUAAUAAUAAUAUAAAUGGUUUUUAUAAUUAUAAUAUAUAUAACAAUUCAAAUAGUAAUCUUAAAUGUCGAUGUAUACCUACCCGAAAAAAAAAUAAAACACAAAAUGUUAAUAAUAUAACAAAUGAUAAAGACAAUAAAGUUUCCAUGAAAAGAAUUAAAACACAUUUUCAAGAUGAUAAUACAAUUGAUGAAAAAAAAGAAUUAAAAUGCUACUUAAAUUUAUUGGGUAAGAAUUAUGCCAUUAGAGAUAGUGACAAAUGUGUAGUAAUUGCAAAUUCUAGGAAGGUUAUAAAAUAUUUAUCUAAAGCUAAAAGUCUCUUUUGGAUAUUUGAAAUAAAAAGUAAGAAAAAAGAUAACAUUUCCUAUGAUUUAAAAUCUGUUAUCAAAACAAAGCAAACAUUUAAUAAAUAUUUUACUACAAAUAUUAAAAAGAAAUUACCAACAACAUCUAUUCAAAAUAAUGUUUAUGUAAAUAAAAAUGCACACAUUAUAGCAAUGAAUUAUCAGGAUUUAUUUAACACUUAUAGAAUAUCAAGAAUAUUUACCAAAAAUAAUUAUAAUUAUAAAAGAAAAAAUUCGAGAAAAAAACAUUUAUUUGGAAAUCUCAAUAGUGAAUAUAAUGAAACAAAAUUGUAUCACCAUUGUAAUAAUAUAUAUAAUAUAAAAACUACAGAUAAUAAAAAGAUAGAAGAUUUGGAUAAACUUUAUUUUUCAACAAGGUUGAACAACAAAUCUAAUAAAAAUAUUCUCAAUGAUAACAAAUAUUAUGAUGAUGAGAUUAAAACCUACUACUUCAAUUUAACAGAAAAAAAUAGCAAUUUAUUUUUGAAUUAUAAAAAGCAAUUAAAAAAGAAAAAUUACAUAAACACAUGCUAUAGUGUAAAUAAAUCUGAUGAAAGUAUAAGUAGAAUUAAAAAUAUCAACAGCGACAAUAACAAUAUUAAUAGCAAUAAUAUUAAUAAUAAUAAUACGAAAUUAAAUCAUACACUAAAAAAUAGAAUUACAUUUUCUUAUAUGGAAGCAUGUGAAAAGUAUUUUCCUACGGAAAAUCGGAAUAAUAAAUUAGUAUUAAUUAUUAAUUGUACUUGUAAUAUAAUACAACUAAUAAAAAUGUUUAAUAACAAAUAUAAAUAUAAUGUCAUUAUAUUAACAGAUGAAAUUCCAACUAUUAAUAUAAUGGAUUUAUUUAAAUAUAAUGUUGUAUUUAUAAAAUGUAAAAUUUUAGAUGAUUAUAAUUUAAUAAAUUCUGGUUUAAUGAAAGCAGAAUAUAUAUUAAUACUUCCUACAGAAGCAAAAAAUAUAAAUGAAAUAAAUGAAAUAGAUAUGAAUACUAUUAUUGUAACUAGAAAAAUUACUCAUUUAUUAAAAAAGAAGAAAAGAACAUAUUAUAUAAAUAAUAUCAUUACUGAAUUAAUAAAUCCUUCUAAUGUUAUUUUUCUUGAGGAAAAUAAAAUGAUCAAAUUAAAAGAUAAAAAAUCAUCUUAUGAUGAUUUUUUCCCUUAUGUAAAUUCUUCUCAAUUUUAUUCAAGUAAUAUUAUUUGUGAAACUAUGUUAUAUAAUUUUAUGACGCACCAUAAAAGUUUCACAGAUUUUUCAGUGUGUACUAAUACUUUGGAAUGCCUAAUUAAAUUUUUAAGAAUAAUCUAUAUUUGCGAUUUGAGUAAAUAUUAUGAUUUUUCUUUUAAAAAAAUUAAAACCUUUCGUGACCUUUUUUAUUUCCUAUCCAAAAAAAAUAUAAUCACUAUUGGUUUAUAUAGAAAGGGGGAUAAGAAAAUUCCUUUCUAUAUUUAUACUAAACCUAAUGAAAACUGUUUAUUACGAUUCGAUGAUAUAGUUUAUAUUUUGUGA